GAUCGAGUGUCUAACACACAUAGUCCCGUACAUAGAUUUGUUGAUUUAACCUCCUUGUCGGGCCAUAGAGGCCAUCCAUGUCGUCCAAUACGAAUCUCGAUAUCUGGUUUGCUGGUGCAUUUGCUGCUUUCUCCGUCGACCUACUCGUUUACCCUCUCGACACCCUCAAGACACGCCUUCAGUCACAAGAUUAUGAGAAACUGUACAAAAAUGCCAAUGGCACGACAAAACGCUCUUUAUUCCGUGGACUCUACCAAGGUGUUGGGUCCAUCAUCCUCAUUACCAUUCCUUCUUCCGGCGCCUUCUUUACGACUUAUGAAGCCUUGAAAUACAGCCUUGACGAUGCUGUCCCUCCGAACUCCACCCUUUACCUCCCCAAACCUGCCAUACAUGCACUCGCAAGUGGUGGCGCUGAGUUGGUCAGCUGCGCAAUCCUAACACCGGCCGAAGUCCUGAAGCAAAACGCUCAGAUGCUGAGCUCCGGAAAGAAAGGAUCUACAUCCCUUCAGGUGCUCAAGACCUUCCAAAAGCAACCUGCCAAACUGUGGAGAGGAUACACAGCCCUCGCGGCGCGGAACCUGCCAUUUACCGGUCUUCAGUUUCCCGCCUUUGAAUCAUUAAAGAACUAUUUCAUGGCGCGGCGGAAAUCCAAGAAAGGCGCCCCUGUCGACGGCAUCAUGGAGCGAGCUGGGAUCACUGCCAUGAGUGCCGGUAUUGCCGGGAGUGGUGCUGCGUGGAUCACAACUCCUAUCGAUGUGGUGAAGACAAGGAUAAUGCUCGCGGCUUCUGGAGAUGACCCUCCAGCAAAACAGGAGGCGAAAGGCAAACAAUCUAGUUUCCUGAUGCAUGGUAUCCAAAGUUCUAGGAAGAGUGGCUUCACAGUCGCAAAAGAAAUCCUCAAGACAGAUGGUGUCCGAGGUUUGUUUAGAGGUGCUCUACUUCGAGGAUGCUGGACGGCACUCGGUAGUGGAUUGUACCUGGGGUGCUACGAGGGCGGACGUUUUUAUCUGGAAAGUGCCAGGGAGAAGAAAAAGGAGGGAGACCAUCUUAUGCAACGAGAUUGGUCAAAGGUGAAAGUGGGCAUCGGCCCAAGCAGAUCUCAGGAUUCCGUGAAGAAAAGUGCCUGGCAAGAAGAUUGAGACUGGGGGUUCUUAUUGACCUCUUAUCCCCUUGAUGAGGCCUCAUCUGCGCGGGACCUCUCAUGGAUGGCAUGAACUCAAGUCUUUGGAUCCAGGUUGACAUUGAUUAUGCCGCUUGUCAAACGCCAAGGCUGAUAUCACCUUGACGUACUGCAUCAAGCCAGGUCUGCCCGUAUGCUCCGCCCGACGCUACCACAAAGGCAGUCAUCAGACCUGGAUACUCUUAGAUCAUGACCUACAACAAUAUCAACGUCUCUCGUCCAGAAGAUUGAGAAACGUAUCAUCUGGGCAGCUGUCGCAGCAUAGCAAAGCAGCAUGGCAUUCCGGAAAUAAAUGCAAUACGUUCUCAAAGGACGACGACAAAGUCACACAUCUGUGUUCAUAAAACAUAUAAUAGCGCCGACGAUUUUGGUUUACAUUACUCGCUCUAUAGGCGCGGGUUAUGUCAUUUCAACAUCACGAUCUUGAUCGCCACUAAGACCAUCUUCAUCAACCUCAACGUCCGCGUCUUCAUCACCCUCAUCUUCUUCUUCAUCUUCCCAGGCGUCGUCGUCAUCCAUUUGGUCUUCCACACCUAGCGAUUUGUUCAAGCCUUGCACCAAUUCGAGGGCAUGAUCUCGUAAUCGGUCAUCCUCAUAUUCUUGAAGACGAUAUAGUCUCAGGCAAUCAUCGAGCCAUUUCUUCGCUUUCUCCUGACUUUUGGUCUGUUCUUCUGACGUCGUACCGGGCUUUUGAGAGAUUAGCACCUGACACCAUCCACCCAGAUACCAGCAUUCGACGCUCUGGUCGUCUUCGCGGGUCAACCCUUCAAUGACCGUCAUGGCCUCGGGCUCGGCCUCGACUUCCAUGAGCAGUCUGCCUAGACUAACGCGAGUGGCAAAGUCGGGCCGCGAGCUGGACUCAGUAUCUGUUGGAAUGUCCUUCCAAAUCUCCAUACUCCGCCGGAGUGCCUGCCUCGCAUCAUCCAUGCGCUCUUGGCUGAUGCGGACGCUUGCCAAUGUCUGUAGAACCCCAGCACUUAGAUAGUCGGGACACACUGCCACAGCUUCGGUAACAAACG